AUGACAAAACUGCGCCGCGUUCUUGUGAUUGCCGGCUCGGAUUGUUCGGGUGGGGCAGGUCUGGAGGCAGAUCAAAGAGUGCUUGCGGCUCAUCGCUGCUAUGCAUUGACUGCUACUACGGCUUUAACGGCGCAGAAUACUCUCGGUGUCCAGGACAUUCAUGUUGUACCAACCGAGUUUGUGCGCAAGCAAAUCAGUGCUGGGCUCGAGGAUGUGGGGGCUGAUGUUGUGAAGAUCGGAAUGCUGGCAUCCAAGAAUACGGUGCUUAUGGUGUCCAACGCCCUGCGACAUCAUCAAGUGCCUGUGAUUGUUUUAGACCCUGUCAUGGUAUCCACCAGUGGUUCCCAGCUUCUUCCCUCGGAAGCUGUGAGCUCUGUGCGCACAAGCCUGCUACCAAUUACUACGGUUCUCACCCCAAAUAUACCAGAGGGCCUAUUACUUCUUCGCGAUUCAGGCAUCGGUGUACUAGACCCUGAAAAUUUGGACGACGCAAUAACAUUGGCCGAGCAGCUUCACAAAUUGGGCCCAAAGUAUAUUUUACUCAAGGGGGGCCACCUACCCUUGACCGCUGCCCGGAAGAAGCCCAAACUUCUCGAAGAGGCUUCCAUUGUUGUUGAUAUAUUGUAUGAUGGCACUUCUGUUCAUCUAAUCGAGACCGAAUACUCCCGGUCUAGAAAUACCCACGGGACGGGGUGUUCUUUGGCAUCCGCUAUCGCUGCUAAUCUUGCCGAAAAUAUGGAGGUUUUGCGGGCCGUGAGAGAAGCUUGUCGGUUCGUGGAAGCUGGUAUUAAAACAAGUAUUGAUGUUGGUCAAGGCCAUGGGCCUAUAAACCACUUCCAUUCUUUGUACUCGCUACCUUUUUCACCCGGUCAUUUUCUAGACUAUGUCCUGGAACGACCCGAUGUCCGGCCAUUAUGGGAGUCUUUCACUAAACACGAGUUUGUGAAUAGAUUGGCAGAUGCAACUCUCCCACUAAAUAGUUUCAGGGACUAUUUGAUACAGGACUAUCUCUACCUUGUUCAUUUUGCUCGCAGCAAUGCACUGGCAGCGUACAAGAAUCAGACAAUGGAGGGUAUCUCAGCAUCGGCUAAAAUCGUGCUCCAUAUCGAAAGGGAAAUGGCACUACAUUUAGACUAUUGUGCCUCAUUUGGCCUGUCCAAAGAAGAUAUUGAAUUCCACAAGGAGAGUCAGGCUUGUACUGCGUAUAGCAGAUACAUUCUAGAUGUGGGACAAUCGGAAGACUGGCUAGCGCUACAGGUUGCUUUGUCACCCUGUUUGAUUGGCUAUGGGGCAAUAGCACAGCGACUCCAUAGCGAUGAGGGAAGUGUGCGCACUGACAACAAAUAUUGGAAAUGGGUCGAAAACUAUGUUGCAGAGGACUAUUCUGCCGCUGUAAGGCUGGGUUCUGAACUUCUUGAGACUCAUAUGAGAAACGUUUCUCGAUUUAGAGUGGAAGAGCUCGUUCGAAUCUUCAAGCGGGCCACGGAGCUAGAAAUUGGGUUUUGGGACAUGGGCCUCCAAGGACAACACUGCGUAGAGGGAUAG